UUUCCCUCAGGAAGAAUGGUAAACGUGGAAAAUCCCAUACGAAAAUACAUUGAACUGGAAAAUCUCGGCAGCGGGGCUUUUGGAGAGGUUUCUAGAGCACUUGACAUUGCCACAGGAGGAGAGGUGGCCAUAAAGAAAAUCAAUCUUCAAGAACUGGUCGGGAAGGAAGCAACUGCUUAUGAACUCAUGGUCAUGAAAAUGAAGAGGAACCCCAGCAUGGUGACCUAUUUAGAGAGUUACUUUCCGGGGAAGCACCUUUGGCUGGUGAUGGGGUACAUGGAUGGAGGCACUCUGAGAGAUAUCAUCAAUGAGACUCAAAUGUCUGAAGGAGAGAUUGCCGUCUUCAGCCGUGAGGUCAAGGAUCCCACCUGUGCUUCCAAGGGCUUGAGCAAGAUUGUCUGGGAAACUGGGGCUCAGAAUGGGAGUGAUUUCAUGGGCCAAGCUUGGUUUCUGUGUUGCUGGUAUGCUAUGGGCAAGCAAGAGCCUUUCAAGUGAACUGCCUGCCAGUGUC